AAGCACGAUUCACGAACUCAUCUCUAAUGUUUUGGGCGUAAAUAACAAACAGCUGAUGCGGCACAUCUGAUAUUUUUGUUUGUUUUAUGUGCUUUGGAAAAUGAGCGAAUUUCUGUCGGAAAAUAAUGCCUGCGGUCAAAAUUUGCUUAAUAUCGUUUCAGUGGGCAACUCAAUAGUUGCUGAAAUACUGCGACUAAAGGAGUACGUGCCCAGCAUAUACAGAUUGGAAAACGCAGGCGAUAGGCAAAAAUAUGGCGAUAUAAUAUUGGAUUUUAGCUACUUCAAAGUGGCCGAGGCGCAUGAAAAGAAAAUAGAGCAGAGUGCCGAUCUAAGCGAUUUGGACUUGGAGACCCGCACAAAUCACUUGCAGCUUAUCACUCGCUUCUAUUUAGCUUUCCAGAGUGUGCAUCAUUAUGCCACCGAUUUGCAGCAGUUCAUCGAAGAGUUAAACAGUGGCUACUACAUACAACAGACGCUAGAGACUGUGCUCCAAGAUGAGGAGGGAAAGCAAUUGCUAUGCGAAUCGCUCUAUUUGUACGGCGUUAUUUUGCUUGUGCUGGACUUUCAUAUACCCGGCGAUGUACGUGAACGUCUCCUGAUUGCCUACUAUCGCUAUAGUGGAGGCGAUGCCACGCCCAGUGGCGAUGAGAGCAACAUACAUGACGUUUGCCUGCUUCUACGCUCCACGGGCUAUGUGCAAAUUGCAGUCGGAGCUGCUCGAGUUGCCACUAAUCAAGGUGCUGCAGGGACUGAGCUCAAAUAUCCAGAGACAUAUUUUGCACGCUUCAAGUUUGAUGGGAACUUUAUAGACUUGGUGUUGGCUCGCCUGCGUUGCGAUGAUAUCUACAAUCAAUUGGCCAUCUAUCCGCAUCCAAUGCAUCGUACCACAGCGCUCUCCACACAGGCGGCCAUGCUUUAUGUUUGUCUCUAUUUCUCGCCCCAAGUGCUGCACACGCAAGGCGCCCAAAUGCGUGAGAUUGUGGACAAGUUCUUCAGUGACAAUUGGACGUUGUCCAUUUAUAUGGGGAUCACGGUCAAUUUGAUUGAUGCCUGGUCGCAUUUCAAAGCCGCCAGCAGUGCGAUUGCCAAUGUGGUGACCUCGGUGGCCAUUAAAACGUUGUGUCAACAGCAGCGCGAACAAAUGCAAAAAACACUGCAAAAGACGCAGGAAAUUGUGCGCGAUGGCGUCUUGGAUGAAGCCUUUGUGCUGGAGCAUGCCAACCAGAUCAUUGUGCUGAUGCGACAAGCGAAUGUGCUGUUGCGUUGGCAUUGUCUUCACACCAGUCCAGCGGUGUUUGUGAUCUCGCCCAGUGGACAACAGGCAGCUGGGCAAGUGCAUCAAUUGCUGUUGCAGCAACUGCAGUUCGAGCAAAGCAAACUCUACAAUCUGCUGCUCAAUUGCGGACAACUCGAGUUGACUGUCCGUGAGUUGCUGGCGGAGUUGCAGUGCGAUCGAGAGGCACGUUGGAGCCGCAAUCGCGAGGAGGCAAUGCAGUAUCUGCGUGAGCUAAGCGAAGCAUUUGCGGGCACACGUCCGUUGACCAAGAUUGAGGCGAAUCCACAGCUGCAACAAUGGUUUGCCCAGGUGGCACAGCGUCUGCACAAACUGGACAUUGGCAAGCCACAGAAGGCAGGUCGCCUUAUCAUUCAGGUGAUGCAGGCGCUGGAUGAGGUGCAGGAGUAUCACAAUCUGCAUGCCAAUAUGCUUGUAAAGCAGCAGCUGCAGGAGACGCGGGAUCUAUUGAAUCGCAUGGCACAGCUUAUCAACCUGAAGGAAGACAUUGAGAUUCACAUACAGAUGAUCAGCGAUUUUAGCUAUGCUUGGCAAAUUCUGCAACGCGAUUUCACUGCCAUCAUGCAGGAUAACAUCAAGCGACAGCCUCGCGCUGUUAUUGGCAUCCGAGCGGUAUUCCUUAAACUGGCCAGCACACUGGAGGUGCCACUCAUGCGCAUCAAUCAGGCCAAAAGCGAGGAUCUGGUGUCGGUAUCGAACUAUUAUAGCACAGAGUUGGCAAACUUUUUGCGGCGCGUUCUCCAAAUUGUACCCGAAACAAUGUUCAGCAUUUUGUCCAGAAUCAUACAGCUGUUGACCAAUGUGAUCAAAGAGUUUCCCACUCGCCUGGAGAAGGAAAAGUUGCGCGAAUAUGCGCAAUUCGAGGAACGAUCCAAGGUCGCCCAAUGGACCAACUCCAUAGCGGUUUUUACCAAGGGCAUACUCAUGAUGAAGACCACUUUGGUCGGCGUCAUCGAGCUGGAUCCCAAGCAGCUGCUGGAGGAUGGCAUACGCAAAGAGCUGGUCAAUCAUCUGGCUAAUGCCUACAAUUUAGGCUUGAUAUUCAUACCGGAAAAGGGCAAGACAUGUGGACAAUUGCUGCAGGCAAAACUGCAGGCGCUGGCCAAGACCAUCGAGGGAUAUCGACGAUCUUUCGAGUAUAUCGAGGACUAUUUGCGUGUGCAGGGAUUGCGCAUAUUGCUGGAGGAAUCACAGCGCAUCAUCAACUACAAUGUGGAGAAGGAAUGCAAUUGCUUUCUGCGCAACAAAGUCCAGGAGUGGCAAUCGCACUUUCAAUCCCAGACCAUACCCAUUCCCAACUUUCUGCCACUCCAAGGUGAUCCCAGCAAGUCAAACAAUUUCAUUGGACGUCUCGCCCAUGAGCUGCUGCGAUGCACGGAACCGCGUCAAACCAUCUAUUUGGAUCUGAAGUGCAGCUGGUACGAUAAGCGACCACCACAUGCUGAACUCCUCGCCGGCUCCAGUUUCUUUAGUGUGCUGCGCGAGGCAAUGGCACCAGCUGGCCUGGUUGGACUGGAACGUCUUUAUGCUCACAUGUUGGCCGAUGAGCUGAAGCGUAAUUUGGACAAGUUGCAAAAGAAUCUAACUGCAGAUCGCAUGUGGUGCGAUGCAUUGGCUCAAAUGACCAAAGAGCUAGAAUCCCGAGACUUUCCCGGCGAGCUGGCCAAACAGCCCAUCAAGUAUUAUCAGAGCUAUACGCAGCGUUGGUUAAAGGUGUGGCCCACUCUGUUGGAUUGGAUGCUGUCGUUGGGCCAGAAGCAGCUACUGCGCCAGCAUAUUGCCAGCGAGCUGAGCUUCAGCAGCAAAUGCGAUGCCAAACUGCUGGAGAACACCACAGACACAUUAAAUCGCGCUUUAAUGCUCGAAUUGUCGAGCAACACCAAGCUGUGCGAUGAGCAGGGCGUGAUGAUGCUCACCGAACUGCAGGAGAUACUCCAAUACACGGGCAAUUAUGAGCCACUGGAGCAGAUCUUUUUGACCACCAAAAAUACGCACAACAUGUCCUUGUUUCUGUUCCUCUUCAGCAUUGCGCACGUUGGUCGCUUGCAGCAUUCAAAGAACACCGGCAGUCUGCUGCCCAAAUCCUCCAAGGAUGCCAUCGAUUGUGUACCGCUUAUAAUGGGAUUGUUGACCAUACUCCAGCAGUUCCACAAGAAUGUCAAAAUGCUCUACAUCUCUUACAUGUGCCAGUAUGUGGUGACCGUGGCCGAGGCGCAGUUCACCGAUAAGGAAAUGCUGGGAUCGGAGGUGGUCACCAUGCUGCACUUUCUGCAGGCAUUUGUGCGUCUGGCGCAUUUGCCACUGAGUGUCCUGGAGCAGCGUAUUCCCAAUAUGAUACUAAGCGAGUUCGAUUAUCUCUCCACGCCUGUCAAGUGAAACUUGUAAAAAAAUAAAUAAAAUAAAUUGCUUUUUAAAUAGGAAAAUACAAA